AAUGGGCUCGUCUUAUUCUCACGACGGUCACGGGAUUGGACUCCAAACUCUCGACCUUCCAGACGGAAAUGAGCGAUUUGGUCACCGAGAUGCGCUCGGACUUCAACAAGAUGGCUGCCAGGAUGGACAUCCUCGAGGCCAGUAUGGAGCAGCACCAGACGCGCGAAGACUCCAUUGCUGGCAUCUCGGUGGAAGCUGAGCGACAG